AUGCUUUCGGUAUUAGAUUUCGACUCGGAGAAAACGCCGACGCCGAUGGCAAAUGGUCAGUUGCAAGGGAUGGUGAACACUGUGACUCAACAAGUGGUCAAUUUUGGGCGCCAAUCGACGCAACGUUACACGUUUUCCUCUGCCUCUUGCCAUGUGUGCCAGAACAGCUCGGUGGAAGCGUCGCUGAUGCCUUGUGGCCAUCGUUGCUUUUGCUACGUGUGCGCGACACGCCUAUGUCAAAUGCCGAAGCCCGUCUGCCCGAUUUGCCAGGGCGCCAUUACCGGUGCUGUCAGAUUUUCUUCUUCACUCUCAAGCAAUAUCGUUCCCGCCGUUCACGGUCUCUAG